AUGGAGAAUGGAGGGGAUGCCGACGAGCACGGCGGUGUCUCCCGGGGGUCGUCUCCGUCGUCGCUGGUGUUCCUGGGUACGGGCUGUUCCAGCGCCAUCCCAUAUCCCAUGUGUUUGAUCCAGCCCUCCGCCUCUCCAUGCGGUGUCUGCAUCCAGGCGCUCUCAGUUCCCCCCGAGCUUAACCCGAAUUACAGGUCAGAUCUCGAUCGCUAGAACACUGAUUUCCUCGGUGGUGUAGGAUGGAGUGGGGCCGUGGGGGGAGAGAGGACGGGAUCAGGGUGACCACCGCUAUAUUCUGUCGGUGGUGAUUGCUCCUAUUCGUUACCAUGGAAAUUAUUAUAAUUUUUUUACUUGAAAGUGCUUCCGGGAAAUCAAUUGCGUGGAAGUUUUUUCAUCGUCUCAGAUUUCAGUUAAUUGCAUAAAAGUCUCUUUUCGUGAUGAGCCCGAGCGUACCAUACGGAUCUGUAACGGACCGGUUGGCGGAAAGUUGAUCCCCAUAAAGCUUGUCGCCCCAAGAAGCUUGUCGUAGUUUGGUAUUUUUUAGUUUACUUAGACCUUGAUUCUGUUCGUAUUGGUAAACUACUGACGGGCAAUUCUCCCAGACGAAUUCAGCCAUACUUUCUUUGGAAAUCAAAAAUAUAAAAAGUCAAGGGAUGCGUGUCAUCGUGAGUUCUCGUUGUUUAGAUAUAUCAACUAAAUUCUCAACCCCAACCAAAUCAUUUACCCUUAGGAUACAUUUGCGUCACAAUUUUCUGUCCGUUCUGAUCUUGAUUGGAUUUCUUAAAACAGAUGGAUCACCAUAAAGUUCCCAAAGAUGCCCACUUUUGGAGUCAAAAUUAUUGAAUAGGCCCAAUUCUACCACAGAAAUAUCUUCUUGUGCCUUAUGUGCUUCAUAUUGGCAACACUUUUUUGAACUCUUUAUUUUGUUUGUUUUUGUAAUCAUAACUUUGUCCUCAUUUUCAUUUACAGGUGCAAUACUUCUUUGCUGAUUGAUUAUUUUUCUGGUGACGACAAACACAAGUAUAUAAUUAUCGAUGUUGGGAAGACCUUUAGGGAGCAAGUUCUCCGCUGGUUCACUUGGCAUAAGAUUCCGCGAAUUGAUUCUGUCUGUUCCAAUCUUUAUGAAGCUUACGUUUUAUGUUCUUGACGUGGACCUUUUUUUCAAGCACGAUGCAUUGGAAGAAAUAGUAUCAUUCUUAUGAUCUCUAAUGACCAAAUGUAAUGAGAUAAAUCCUAGCAUUAUCUAAUUUUUUUGGUUGGCAUUUAGAUUUCAUUUAUUAUUCUUUACUUCAGAUUCCUUCCCCUUUUUAUUGUGGGUAUGGUGACUCGUCCUCCUAUCUUCUUGGGCAUAACAUCUUAUUAGUAUCUGCUCAUUAUAUUCUUACAGUGGUUUUUCAGAUAUGCCUUGGUGUUAUCUGAAGUUUCUUCAUACUCAAAUGCAGAUUAUAUUGACCCACGAACAUGCAGAUGCAAUUCUUGGGUUGGAUGACAUACGAACAGUCCAGCCAUUUAGUCCUACAAAUGACAUUGAUCCCAUGCCGAUCUACCUCACACAAUUCGCAAUGGACAGGUACUCAUCGUCACAUCUCCAUUUCUGUUGUUUUAGGCAACUUGCAGGGCUUAAAAAAAAAUUCAGGAUAAUUUCAGUGUCUUUGAAGUUUAUUUUUGACGUACAAUUUUGCAAGAUUGACUUUUCCUCCUACGGCCGCUCUUCAUUUUCAGUAGGGGACGUAUUUUUUUAAAAUUGUAACUGCACAUUGGUUUCCUCCUUAGUUGUAUUCAUUUUUUGUUCACAAGUUGAAAUGCCUUCUUUAUAUUGUUUCUAAACCGUACUUCAGUGAUGCCCUUUUGUCUCUUUUAAAGUUUUCUAUUUGUUACAAUUUUUCGUGCAUCCAUGAAAACUCAAACAUGUGAUUUUCAAUUCUCCCCCUUUUAUGAAAUGAUAUUUUUUGCUUCUCUUUCUAUGCCGAUUGUGGCAGUUUUGGUUCACCUUCUUCCUUUUAUACUUUUUUCUUUUAUUUUCCUAUUCUUCUUCUCUGUCCUUACCAGAGAUCAACGUUGUCAUUCUUAUGAAAUUCAUGAGAUGUGGCAUGAAUCACAUGGAAGACAUGAUGAUCCACGGAGCACUGAAGCUUGGAUCGGUCUGAUCUGCUGAUGCUGAGCAUAUAUGGCUUUUUCUGAUUUUUCCUCCAUGUGAUUCAAACAUCAGGAUUCCUGGUUCAAGUGAUUCAAUUUCCUAUUGCAUGUUCUCAAGUAAAAAAGCCCUUAGACCUGAAAUUAUAUGUCGACAUUUCAUAGUGUUUAAAAUAAAUAUUAAAGCACUUUUAAAAUCCAUUUAAUCUGGCUACUUUGCCGUCAAUACCAAAAUUACAUAAGAUGUUGAGAAUGGAUAUCAUAGAUGAAGCUGGGACACUUUCAGGAUAUCAUUGAUCUGGUCUUCUGAAGAAGAAUUAAUGUCAUCAAUUUUGCUGUAUUCCCUCACCUAUAUGGAUAGCAGGCACAUAUGCAGGUUGUGUCUCCACUGAGAGCCAUGUGUCAUAAGGAAACUCAAUAUAAAACAUACAAUCGAAUGGGGCAUUCCAUAUACUGCAAGCACGUAUGCUUACAUGCACGGAUGCAUAUUUUCACUACCAAAAAAAAUUUCUGUUGAUUUACGUUGCAUGUAUGGAAAUGAAAGAAAUUAUUUGCUUCAGAGUCGUUUUGCGAUUUGAAUUGUUAUUUUGUGCAUCAUGUGCCAGAAUGUACAUGCAAGUAUAGUACCUGGCCACGAAUCUGAAUCCAUAACGCCUGAAGUAAGACAUGUUCGUAAACUUUUAGUGAACAUGAAUAAAACCUUUGCAUACCAUGGAGAAUGAUAAAGACAGAAAAUCUUCUUGUCAGCAUGAAAUACUAUCUUCUUGAAAAUAAUAAAUUUUGCUGAGUUUUUGUCCUUUUUGUAUGUUUUUUUACUUUGUUGAUCACUUUCCCGAAUUGACUAUCAUUUUGGUCUACUUUUGUGCUACUCUACCCACACGUACAUCAUCUGGAUGUGCAUAACAGAGAUAUUUGCAUGCACUGUUUGAUAACCAGGAAGAAUGGUCAAUUGUGCUCUUUCUUUUUAAAAAACCAAAAUAAGAUAUUUUGAUGCCCCUUAUCUUCACAUGAGUUUUGCCUCAAGUAUCUAGCUUUGCUGUUCCUUUUUGUUGAUAAAUUGUGCAACCUAUCUCAGCUCAUCAUUUGAUGUCUAUACUUUGUGGUGUGUUAACAGUAUUGCAGUAAAGUUCCCAUACCUCGUUCCAAGAAAGUUGAAGGAAGGGGAGGAAGUGAGACGUGUUGCUCAGCUUGAUUACAGAAUAAUAGAGAGCGAUUGUGAGAAGCCAUUUACAGCAUCUGACUUGCAGUUUGUUCCCUUGCCAGUAAGUUUCUUCUCCCUGUUCCUCCGAAAUGCCAUUCUUUUAUCCUCCUCCUUAUGUUCCUCCUCUUUGAACCACUGUUUCUCAUGCAGGUGGUGCAUGGGGAGGACUACAUAUCACUAGGUUUUCUUUUUGGGAAAAAAUCAAGAAUAGCAUACAUAUCUGAUGUUUCACGUUUUCCUGAGAGCACUGAAUAUGGUAACUGUGCUUUCUUCUUUCCCAUUGCCUAUGGACAUAUAUUUUGCAACAUAUGCUAGCAUUGUCUGAAUAAAUCCUUUCUGAACAUCUGGUUUUUGUCUGUAGUCCAAUAUAGCACCUGUUUUUUUUUUGGGAAAAAUGAAUUAUUUUUUGGUAUUCAUAUGCCAAAUUUAUUUGUCGUCCUACCUCAAACAAGAUGGGGUGCAUAUUGGGGUGCAUAUACACGUAGCUUCUCUAUGCUGAAUUCUGAGGAUGCAUAUUGAGGGUUGUAGUUGGCAUGUAUAUUGGAGUCAAGAAAUGAGCCCUUAUCCUUUAUUUGUGAUACAAAGUAUGGGGUUGGAUACGUAGAAUGGUAUAGUCCUCUAUUCGGUGUGUUGGUAGAUCCUGAAGCACCUUGGAGAGGAAGAAGAUUUUUUAUUCAAUGAAAAAUAAUAAUCUGUUUUACAAGAGGGACGGGGUCUAGUAUUUAUACCAGACCCUCAAGAGUUCUAGACAUGGAUGUAGAUGCAAACAACAUAUCUGCCAACAUGAAAAAUACAGGGUUUAUUUGUUAUGUCCUCUCAACAACACUCUCCCUCAAGCUGGUGAAUGGAUAUCAUCCAUUCCCAGCUUGGGAAGAAUCUUUUGUAGCUGUAUGCCCAAGAUUGUGUGCCCGAGAUGUCUUUGGUGAGUAUAUCUGCUAACUGAUUUUUGGUUGAAAUGCAUGGUAUACAAAUCACAUCUGCCUCAAGCUUUUCUUUGAAAAAUAUCAAUCAAUCUCCACAUGUUUGGUAUGAUCAUGUUGUACUGGAUUAUGUACCAAAUUAAUUGUUGACUUAUUAUCACAAUAAAUCUUCAUAGGACCCGAUAGAGGAAUAUGUAGUUCAUCAAGUAAAUUUCUCACCUAGAGAAGUUCACAAACCCCUUGAGCAAGUGCUCUUGAGUUAUGCUUCAGCACUUGACGAGGUUACCAUGUUCUAUUUUUUACUUCUCCAAGUAACAAGAUUACCAUCAAUAAAUGUGAGAUGAACAAAAGUUGAUUUCCGGUCAAUCAUUGACCCUGCAUAAUCAGCAUCUAUAAACAUUUCGACAUUUACCUCCCCUCUACGUUUAAAGAUAACUUCUUUGUUGGGUCUGCCCUUUAAGUAAUUUAGCACUCUAUAUGCUGCAUAUAGUCUCUUUCAGCUAAUUCAUAAAUUGACUCAAGAUACUCAUUGCAUAUGAGAUAUCUAGUCAAGUAUGUGUUAAAUAGAGUAAAUGACCAAUAAAUAUUUGAUACAUUUCACAAUCAACCUGAACUUCUCCCUCCGUCAUACACAAUUUGUGAUUCGGAUUAAUCGAUGUUGUAGCUGAUUUACAUGCAGAUUUUCCUAUUUCAACCAACAAAUCUAUUAUGUAUUUUCUUUGAGAGAGAAAAAUUCCUCUAAUAGAGUGAGCCACUUUGAUGCCUAAAAAUAUAUUAGGCAUCCUAAUGUCUUGACAUAAAAUGCUGAAACCAAACUAUUGCUUAAGUUUUAUGUUUCUACAUCAUCAGUCCCUGUGAUGAUAAUAUCAUCAACAUAGAGCAAGAUUACUGUGACUCCCCCUGAAGCAGAGUGUUUAAAUAAUAAUGUAUGAUCAGCAUUACUUUAGCUAUAUUACGAUGUUUUCAUGGUGGUUGUAAACUGUCCAAAUUAGUCUUCUGGGGACUGUUUUAGUCUAUCAAGAGAGACUUUUUUAAUUGGAAAAUAAUUUUAGAAGAGGGAUUACCCUCUUAUUUCGGUGGUAGUGUCAUAUACACCUCUUCCAUAAGAUCACUAUGCAAAAAUACAUUUUUAACAUCAUAUUGGUGAAUAUUUCAAUUGAAAAUUACAACUAGAGACAAUAAAAAAUAGACAAUAUUAUUUUCUGUCACCAGGGAAAAAGUCUCUUGAUAAUCAGUGCCAUAGACUUGUGUGUAACCUUUAGCCAUUAACUAGCUUUGUACUGCCCAAUUGAACCAUCAAAAUAGUAUUUCACGAUUUACACUCGCUUAUAACCAACCAUUUUCUUAUUCAGUGGUAAUGCUACUAAAUCUCAAGUGUCAUUUUUCUCAAGAGCCUCAUUUCAUUGUCCAUGGCUUGCUUCCACUUCGAAUUGGAUAGAGCGUCAGAGAUAUUCUUAGGAAUAGUAGUAGAAUCUAAGGAUGUAAGGAAUGACUGAUAAGGAGAAGAAAAACGAUGGCAGGAUAGAAAAUUGGCUGCUGAAUAUAAGGGAUUUCUAAUAUAUUAUCUUAUGGGUUUUCGCAAGGCAAUUGAAAGUGAGUCACAUUGCAGGUUUGGCUGAUCAUCUGAGACAGAGAAGUAGAUAUUUGGACAUUUUCUAAGGCCUCGUCAGAAUCUUGGUUAUUUUGUAAAUCAUGAAUGUCACCUCUCUUAGUAUACUUUGUCAAACCUCAGAUUUUCAGGAAGCAGAUCUAGGGUGUGAGAUAUUUCAGGAGCUGGAAUAAGAAUAAACAAUUGACCUGCAGAUGGUGAAGCAGAUUCAUGUAUAACAGUAUGAUCUGUAGACAAUAAGAAUAAAUAGUUGACUUGCAGAUAAUGAAGUCGACUUAUUGAAGUAAGGCACUGAUUCAUGAAAUGUCACAUCUAUAGAAGUAAAAAAAAAUCUAGAUGGAGGGUAGUAACAUUUAUAACCUUUUUGAUUAGUAGCAUAACCAAGAAAGAUACAUGUAAGUGAUCUUGGUGCGAAUUUUUCUUUAUUUUGAGUGUGAUCAUGAUCAAAAGAAACAUACCCAAAUAUUUUUGGUUUUAUUUUAGUAUUAAUUUGGUGGUGUGAGAAAAAAUGGGCUGAGGAAUCUAUAGGACUGUGGAAGUGUAAGAUUCGAGAAGGCAUACAGUUAAUGAGAUAUGUGGUUGUGAGGAUACCCUCUCCCCAAAAAAUAUUUGACACAUGAUGUUAAAAUAAGAUAGAUCUAGUUACUUCUAAAAUAUGCCAUUUUUUCCUUUAAUCUAGACCAUUUUGCUGCAGAGUAUAAUUUCCUCUGCUUUGAAGAAUACAUUUAAACUUCGACUAAAUUAUUCUUCAAUAUUGUUGGAUCUAAUUUUUGUGAUACUUGACCAAAUUAAUUUUUUAUCAUGGUACAAAAGAAUUUAAGAACAUCAAACUUAUGUGUUAGAAGAAAUACCCACAUACAUCUUGUGCAAUCAUCAAUGAAAGUUACAAAUCAUUUAUUACCACAAAUAUCAUUGAUUGGACAUUGCCCCCAAAUGUCACUAUGAAUUCGGAAGAAAGGAAUUUCUCUCCCCUCUGCUUGAGAGUGAAAAGAUGCACAUGUGUGUUUAGAAAAUUCACACACAUUAAAUUAGAGAGUGUCUUUAUUCACACAUAUUACAUUUGAUAGUGUCUAAAGACAGCCUUUGAAACAGAAAAAAUAAUCUUUAAGGUACCAAAGGAGGGAUGACCCAUCCUUUGAUGAAGUAGACAGAUCUUAUUGACAGCUUCUAGAGGUUCUAUGAAUUGAUCUACUUCCAUGAUAUACGUUUGGCUCAGUCCUUCUAGAAGAUAGAGUCCAUCAUGUUUGCAAACAACUCCAAUCCUCCAAUGAUAUUUCUUAUCAAAUAUUACACAAACAUCUUCGUCAAAGAAGGCACAGUAAAGGAAAUCUCUCACAAGUUUUUUAACAGAAAUUAGAUUUGUAAAUCGUUUGGGAACAUGAAGAAUAUUAGAAAGAAUGUCAAGGGGUUCAAGUUGAAGGUCUCUUAUACCUGCAACAAUUAGAAAAGAUCCAUCUGCAGUUGUGACUUUUCUAUCACUAGGACAAGGAUUGUAAUUAGUGAAAUGGUGAGAAGAAUUAGUCAUGUGGUCCAUUGCCCUUGAGUUCCAUACCCAAGAAUUAGAAACAAAUCUAGAAGAAGCUCUAAUUCUGAAAGAGUGAUGAAGCUUAUCAUGCUGGACUGAUGACUGAUGUGUUACUGUCGACUUCAAUUGUUUCAAUUCAACUUGAAGUCGUUCUAUAUCAUUUAUAUGAGAUGGGUGUUAACUUUGUUUGAAAUCUGACCGUUGAUUAACAGGUAAAUUUGCUGUAAAAUGUGCUUGGCUGUCAUAUUUUUCAUUGUUGAAAUGUGGUGGCUUACCAUGUAACUUAUAGCAUCUACUUCUAGUGUGAUGCGUUUUUCUGUAAUAUGUAUGCCAUAAAUUGUCUCUAAAGUCAGUUUUCUGGUUCUUCCCUUGACCAUGUUGUGGUGGUUUGGCCUAACCAUUAGUCUUCUUCAUAGUUUCACCUUCUUUAACCACAAAUGCAGAAUUAUCAGUUUCUGAAAUUGACUUCAUCAAUUUUCAGCGACUUUCCUCAUUUAGGAUAAUCGAAAUAGCUUCAUCUAAAUCAAUUUUCUUCUCACAGCUCAAUAUCUGUUGUCUGACCUGAUCAAACACAGAUUUAAGUCUAGCCAAGAAUUUAAACACUUUUUUAAUCUAUAAAAUUUCGUAAUGCAGUAAUUUCAGUAGGUUUUUCAAUGUUAAGACUUAGGUAAUAGUCAAGUUCCUGUCAUAAAUUCUUUAGCUUUCUUACAUACUCCAUCACUGAUUUGCUCUCUUGCAUCAUGGACAUUGAUUUUGUCUCAAGUUCAUAUACAUGGACCUCAUUAUUUUUCUGUGAGAAUUUGGUGUGAACCAUAUCCCAUAAAUCUUUGACUGUGGCUAAGAAGAAAAAAUACGACUAAUUUGGGGAAUCAUUGUUCCCCACAACCAAGUUUUAAUCAAGGAGUCCUCUUCUCCCCAUCUUCGAAAUUCUCAUGACAUUGAGUCUGGUUUCCCCUCUAUCAAGUGGUGUACCAUGUCUCUUCAAGUCAAUACUUUAUGAAUAUGUUUUGACCAUUGUAUCAUAUUACAUUCAGUUAGUUUUAACUUUGAAAGCAUUCCAAGUAGUUCUAUCAAUAAUCUUGUGCCUCCAAGAAUAAGAUUGACCUCUCUCGUGGAGACUGAAUCUCCCCCAGAAGAUGAAGCAACUUUCCUAUAGUUUCUAUUUUAAGGAAAUAGCAAUUGACUUCACGAAAAACUGAUUUCGUGAACAAAUCUCAAACAGAGAUAUUCAAAGAACGGUACAAAGACCAUAAUAGUAGAAUUAAUAAGUGCGGAAGCGAAUGAGAGCGAUCACACCUAGAUUCGCUCUAUGGAGACACUACAAAGAUGAUGCAUCCCUUGUCAGAUGGGUGCGAUACCAACAGCUCCAACAGAAGUGCAACGUCCCUUGUGGAUGAACACAGAAUGUCAAGAGAAAUGGAUUCAAAAUCCUAACCUUGCUCUGAUACCAUGUAGAAUGGUAUAGUCCUCUAUUCAGUGUGCUGGUAGAUCUUGGAGCACCUUGGAGAGGAUGAAAAAAAAUUAUUCAAUGAAAAACAAGAAUCUGUUUUACAAGAGGGACGGGUCCAGUAUUUAUACCAGACCCUUGAGACUUCUGAACAUAGAUGCAAACACUUAAGGGCAUAUAUGCUAAUAUGAAAAAUACAUGUUUUUUUGUUAAGUCCUCUCGAAAACAGCAUACAAGCAAAGAACAUGUAUGUUGAGAUACAAAAGGAUUGGGGCGUUUGUCUUUCGCCACAGUUUUUUUAUUAUAUUGUGAAGUUUAUUUUUACAAAAGGGAUUCGAUUAUUAUUAUAUUGUGAAUUUCUGACAGUAACUAAAAUCCUGGGAAUUCAUGUACAGCAUGUUUCACAGAUGGAUGCUUGAACCCACAGACCUAGAUGAUGCUUUUACAAAUAUUAUUAUUAUUUAAUUGUGACUUUUAUAUUUUCUUAUUUUAAUGAAAUUUUAUUUAGGGGUGAGAAUAUUGUAUUAAACCUUAGUUUUAUAAUUUGUAUGAGACUAGAAUCCCAUUAGAAUUUCAGUCAUUAUAUGAAUAGGUUUCAGAAUUUUUAUCUGGAAAAACACCAAGGCUUUAGUGCAGAGAGAUCCCUUCCAUGGGACACUGAACUCACUGAUGAGUUUCAAUGAUGGGCAUGAAAUUCUCUCUCUCUCUCUCUCUCUCUCUCUCUCUCUCUCUCUCUCUCUCUCUCUCUCUCGUUUUUCACACAUUCCUUACGAACUUGAACUCGUGCCAGAAGAAAGAAAGUGGGAGUGCUACUCCCCUGAUGAUCUCUAAUAAAUGGAAAUAUUCAGCAUCAACUCCUAAAGAACAGGCUUGAGAUCAAGUCACAACUCCUUGCUGGCAGUAUUUUGUCUCGUGUUGUCCUCAGACUGUUAUCUUUCUCUGAAUUUGAAUGACCGAGCUUCCUGAUUUAAAAUUGGCUGAGAAAUAUUUCAGAGAAUCUCUUUCCAUUUAAUGUGGCUGUCUGUUCUGAUGAUCUGUAUCUCCUUCUCUCUGCAGUCAUUUCCAAAACUGGUGCCGGGCAGGUGGAUCUUCUCAUCUUGGACUCCCUGUACAAGGUUGGCAAUGUUAUCCCUCCAGAAACCGUAUUUCAUUAAUCUAUCUAUAAUAUUUUCGCUCUUCAGUUCAUAAUCACCAUGAAAUAUAAAUAUACAUAUGCAUAAGUAUAUAUAUAUCUGGGCACAUUGAUGAUUAUUAUUAUUGUUUAGAUUGAUCCAAAGCUGACCCAGAUCGGGUGAUGAAUCUGAGUGCUUUCUGCUUGAAUUUCUUUGGGAGAUGAUCCUCUCUAAAUUUGAUGAAUUUAACGCAGGUGAGGCCUCACAACACGCAUUUGUGCCUUCCCCAGGUUGGCUCUUCUCCUUCUCUGGACUCUUGGGCCCUCAAACCUCUGCUCGACUGCGUUGUUCAUCGUCUCUUAAAUCUAUUUCCUCUACAGACUCUGGAAGCGAUCAAGAAGAUUUGCCCAAAGAGGGCGCUCCUCGUGGGGAUGACCCACGAGUUUGAUCACCAUAGGGACAACUUGGAGUUGGCAGAGUGGUCUCAGAGGUGAGGGGGAUCUCCCACUUUGUAGAAUGGUUGUGGAAGAGUCGGUGGGGGGAGUCGACAGACGAAAACUGGGUGUGUUUUUUGGGGCAUCAGGCCUGUGUCUUUUGAGUAAUCUGACUUGAAUUGCCCUGUGCAGGGAAGGAAUUCCAGUGCAGCUUGCCUAUGAUGGUUUGAAAAUCUCGGUCGACUUAUGA